CUUCCCAGUUCCACAGUUGAGACAUCUUCUUGCCAUCUCUGCCUUCCAGUCAAAGGAAUAUGAGCAGGAAGAGCGAAAACACCUCUGUGGUGACUGAGUUCAUUCUUGUAGGCUUCUCCCACCUAGUCAACCUCCAGGACUUGCUGUUCUCUCUCUUUCUCACCGUCUACCUAUUGACUGUGGCAGGGAACCUCCUCAUCGUGGUGCUGGUCUCCACAGAUGCUGCCCUCCAAUCCCCUAUGUACUUCUUCCUUCGAAUGCUCUCAGUCCUGGAGAUUGGCUACACUUCUGUCACUGUCCCCCUGCUGCUUCAUCACCUCCUCACUGGUCGGCGCCACGUACCUCGCUCUGGAUGUGCUCUCCAGAUGUUCUUCUUUCUCUUUUUUGGUGCCACAGAGUGUUGUCUCCUGGCAGCCAUGGCCUAUGACCGCUAUGCUGCCAUCUGCAAACCCCUUCACUACUCACUGCUGUUGAGCCGCCGGGUGUGUCUGCAGCUAGCUGGGACAGCGUGGGCCUGUGGGGCGAUGGUAGGGCUUGGCCAUACGGCCUUCAUCUUCUCCUUGCCCUUUUGCGGCCCAAAUGCCAUCCCACACUUCUUCUGUGAAAUCCAGCCCGUCCUGCAGCUGGUGUGUGGAGACACCUCACUUAAUGAAUUGCAGAUUAUUUUGGCUGCUGCCCUCAUCAUCCUCUGCCCCUUUGGCCUAAUCCUGGGCUCCUAUGGGCAUAUUCUGGCUGCUAUCUUCCGGAUCCCAUCUGCUGCUGGCCGUCGCAAGGCCUUCUCCACCUGCUCCUCCCACCUUAUCGUGGUCUCCCUCUUCUAUGGCACUGCCAUCUUUAUCUAUAUUCGCCCCAAGGCCAGCUAUGAUCCAGCCACUGAUCCUCUUCUGUCCCUCUUCUACGCUGUGGUCACCCCCAUCCUCAAUCCCAUCAUCUACAGCCUGAGGAACACUGACGUCAAGGCUGCCUUGAAGAGAAUCAUCCAGAAAAUGGGGUCUACAGACAUUUGAAAAGGCGAUGAAAUGUG